AUUCUUCGUAAUUCUCAACCGAAUGCAUCUGUAAUCGAAAAAACGGGGAUAACAUAUCUGUUCAAUUCAUUUUAUUUCAUUUGAAAAUCCAUCGGAAAGUAAGCUGGUAGGAUAAAUCAAUUUGGCCAGAUAAGAAUAUGAGCUCUACAUCAGACACAAAAAUUCGAAUGAAUUCUGGAUCACGUUCAUUAUCGAAUCAAAAUAACCGUCUUUCGUUGGGUUCCUGGUUUAAUCAGAACGAUCAAUAUGAUUUUCUUAAAGUUGAAAAUCGAAUACAUCGAUCAAAUUCAUUGAAACAAAAAGAUGAUACGAAUCAAAUUUCUAAAACAAAAAAUUUUACCGAACCAGAUUCUGUAUCGGAAAUGGGAUUUCCAGCUCUUACAAAACGUUUAUCCAGUCAUGUUGUACAAAGAUUUCGAAGAAAACAACGUGCCAGUAGUGUUACAAUAAAUCCGGCUGAUUUACAUGAUGAUAUUCUUACAUUCGACGGGGUUUUAUUCUAUCUUUCAAUGUCGAAUGGAUUGGCCGGAACAUUGACGACCAAUUCGAAAAAGAUAGUAUUCACAUCGGGUCUAGUCGAAUUGACAAGAAAUUGCAACAAUCAUCAUCAAAUGCGUAAGCAUAAUUUUCUUAAACAACCGGUACCGAUCAAUCCGAUCGACACUGAAAAUCUAAAUGCUGAAAUGGAAAUGUACGAAAUUGAUUUGUCUAAUAUUGCUGAAGUUUCAUUAGAAAUGCCCACAAAUCCGACUGCAAGAAGUAUCAUUUAUAUACAUUGUCGAAAUUUUAAACAUGCUAAAAUUGGACUAAAACAAUCAUCAGCUGAAUCAUUAUAUAAAAAAUUGAUUGCUGAACAUCAACGAAUGAAUCAAAAUUCAUUGAUAACUACUGAUUCAUUAUCUUCAUCAACAUUAACGGUAACAGAUGAUGGAACAAAAUAUUGUCGACCUUUGAUUUGGGAAUAUCUUCAUGAUAAUUAUCAUUAUCGUGUUCGAUCGGAUUGGGUUAAAUAUGAAAAAUGGUAUGUUAAUAAUUUCAAAAUUCAAUUCUCACAAUUCAACGAAUUGGAUUGUGCCUGUCCAUCAUUACCCGAAAUUGUUAUUGUACCAAGAAAAGUUGGCGAUAAAGAAUUAGAAUCGAUAGCCAAUAUGAGCGAUGGACAACGUGUACCGAUUAUAACUUAUUUACAUCGUAACAAUGGUCAUAUGAUUAUUCGUAGUACAACAUAUAAUUCAAAUCGUCUGCCAUUAAGAGAUCUUUAUCAUGAAAGAAUUUUUGAUGAUAAAUUAAAUUCACUUUUUGAAUUUAAUGUUAUGGCCAAUGUACCAUCAUUGGAAGAAGUAGAACGUGCACAUACAAAACUACGGAAAGCUUGUUUCAAAACAAUUCGUAUUAAUCAACAACAGCAACGAAAACAAAACAAUGAACAACUCGAACUUCAUUAUAAUAUUGAUUAUUGUAAACAUUUUUGGUCUAAAUGUUCAUCAUGGCUAUAUAUAAUGGCUAAACUAUUGAAAUUAAGUUCAAAAUUGGCUGAAAUUGUAUACAAACGAGAAUCGAUUGGUUUAGUUGAAAAAUUUGAUUCCAAUUGGAAUUGUUUGCUUUCUAGUCUUGUGCAAAUUAUUCUCGAUCCAGAAAGACGAACAAUCAAAGGUUUUCAACAAUUAUUGAGUAAAGAAUGGCUAUAUUUAUCCGGAUAUAAAAGUAUUGAUAGAAGAUUUGGACAUAAUGAUAGCAAAUAUAGACCGAUGAAUUGUCCGAAUCAUAUUCUUUUCCUAUUAUUUUUAGAUGCUGUUCAUCAAUUAUUACGACAAAAUAGCCAAUCAUUUGAAUUUUCUUCUUUUUAUCUGAUUCUUUUAUUAGACUAUCAAGUAAAUUCUGAUCUAGCUACUAAAGAAAAAUAUUUAGAAUUUGAAAUCAAUCAAUCACAUCCGCUUAUGAUAAAUCCAUUGUUUACGACUAUGACCACCACCACCACCACAAUGACCGGUUCAAAGCCAUUACGUAUCAAAACACAUAUUAGCCAUAUGUAUUUUUUUAGUAAACUUUAUUUUCGUAGUCUUGGUACACAGUUACCAUCAAGAUUUACAGCCGAAGAAUUACUUUAUAUUAAUGAAUUGGAUUCAAGAAAAUUGAUUUGAAAGUGAAAAAGAAGAAAAAGGAAAAAAUUUAUCGUUUAUUUAUUCGUUCAUUCAAAA